AUGGCUUCUCUACGAUAUAAUCACAAUCUCACAAGUCUCUAUAACGACACGAAAAGAAAGGCCGCCAUAAAUGUAGAUAAGCAGGAGCCGAGUCCUGCUUCCGCAAGACUCCAGCGCAAACUUCAUGCACAAACCGAUCGCCUAAUAGCCUGGNNGGGUCUGGAAUGGGCUGAAGAGACAAACGACAGCAUCGAUGAAUCUAUCGAACGAGCUGGUCUGACCGAAAAUGUGACCAAUAUCCUAGGAAACAUCAAGGAGAUCCUCGAACAAGCCGAUAGACUCUCAUCACACAAUCCCGCAUCUGACAAGGUCGUCUUCAACCAAGACAAAUACGAAGAUCUGUUACGCGACUUGACUUCGUCUGUUGAUGUCCUCUAUGACCUUUCAGCCACCCGAAGAGCGAUCGCACGAGGCACGUAUCCCAACUUGAGCGACCACCCUCAUGACAUCGCCAAGCAUGGCCUCCGCAUGCCGAAGGUUGCAUUUGAUGCCGCCAGCUUCGCUUCUUCGGAAAAGACUCUGGUCAACACGCAGUUUACACGACCUACUCUAUCACCCUACGCCGGACUACCAGCAAGCAUCAAUCCUCAGGCUUUGAUGCUACCAGCAGAAGGCCCUCCUCCUUACGAAUACUUGGGCGUUCCAUCUACAGCUAGAAUGAUGGGUCGCUUGAGUAAAUCUCUGGCCCCCGAAAGCGUUCGAAAUGUGUUCGGGGAUGUCACAGAUGAGUAUGUCUGGGUCAUGGUCGAGUUUGAGAAUUACGACCCGCUAUAUCGUGACACUGGCGUUUCUCCGCCACUGACGCGAGUAGAGAAGUUGGCUUCCUCUCUGAAUAUGUUAUCGAACAGGNNGGGAAACCUUAGGCUGCUUGGCUAUGUGGAAGACCCUCAGCAACCUCGCAUAGGACUGGUCUACGACUAUCGCACCGUUCAACCGCACCAGUCCCCAGAAAUUCGCCCAGUCACUCUCAUGGGCCUCAUAUUGACCGCGACACAAGCGAAAAGAGCAGUCGAUGUCUCGAACGCUACUCCGUUUCUGGAAGACCGAUUUCGUAUAGCACUACGUCUUGUGGAAAAACUAAGGGACUUGCAUGCCGAAAACUACUUUCACGGGAACAUACACAGCGAGAGUAUCGUGUUCCUGCAACAGGGUCAGUCCCCGCAACCACGACAGAGCGAGCUGCAUCGGCCUGUCAUUUCAGCAUUCGACAUGUUCUCCAGAAACAGAAUUGAGUAUGGAGAUUCAUCGCCAAUUUCCAACAUCACAAAACAUCCAGAAGACAAGGGAGGCGAGAUCGAUGACGUUACAGCCAUUAGGUAUGACCUUUAUCAAAUCGGUCUCGUUCUUCUGGAAAUCGGUCUCUGGAAUCCUGUGAACGACUAUUUUAAGGAAAAAUACACGCUGAAGGACUUCAAGCUCAGAUUGGAGAAGCUCUACAUACCAAAGCUUGCAAGCAAAUGCGGGUCACUCUAUAUGCGCGCAGUGCAGACCUGUUUGCGCUGGGCUGAUAAUGACGACGUCGGACAUAUUGGCGUUGAGGCCGUGUACGAUUCGAUCCUUGUCAAGCUUCAGCGCUGUGUAUUGCUGGACGAGACGGAACCUUUGGAGAUCACUCAAAUUCCGGCUGCAUUCUUGCAGACCCAAAGCAGCUUAGAAGGUCUGCAGGCAUUGAAGAAAAAACGUCGCGACAUCUCACCUGAAGAUCACGUUACCAACUCUCCCGAUCUCAAAGCUGCUGAGAGAGCUUCUGUUGCAUCCUACCCAUCUGCCAUCUCGAGUUCCGUUGGACCUCGUUCGCCUAUCCUUUCGAUGCUGAGUGCCAAAUCGAAUCGGUCCAACUCGAUAAGCGCGGAUCUAAUCAAGCCCAUCUCGCAAUCUGCGACCCAAGCCUCAACUCCUACUUCAGCUGCUGCUCUCGAUCGUUAUCCUGCUACUGCCAAUGUACAACCAAAGUCUGGCGCUGAUCCGUUCCCUUUCUCAUUUCGCGACUACCGCCGUAAAGUCAUGCUCAUCCAAUCACGCUGGCGCGCGAGGAAAGCCGAGACACGCCGUAAUGUUCAUGAAGAAGCUUCGUACCAGCAAUUGCAGACCGAUCAUCGACCAGUUGCUCCGAUAGGCAAGUGUCGCCUUUUUCCACUUUCCCUUCCACAACCCAUUGUGGAUGAGUGGCACUCAGACAUCGGAUUUCGUCUUUCUUGCAUAAUCGAACGAGCACUAAAGGGUUCUACCGAGUCUUCAAGCAUCGAUCUCGUCAGUGUUGGUCAUGAUGCUUUCACCGCAAAGCCUACUAUCGUUGUGACCUGCACAAAUACAGCAAGAGUCAAAGCCGCACUCAAGCGCAAAUUCCACUACGACCGGACGAUGUUCGACCUCAAGGUCCGACAAGGUAACAUGACCGCAAUGAACCCUUUCUGGCAGGAGCGUCCUCUUUGUGGUGCAUCUAUCGGUGCAUAUCUGCCUGAUUACGGUCACCUUGAACCAUGUUCACUCGGCGGUAUAAUUAAAGUCGACGAGAAAGAAUACGGGAUGAGCGUACACCAUAUGCUCGAGCCUCCGACUGACGAAGAAGACUCGGACGACUUGGAUUCGGACAUGGACGAACAGGCCAACCAAGGCGCUCAUCGUUCAAGUGCAAGAGCUCCAGAGCCAACCUUGCCGCGUCUCGUGACAAAUGCAAGCAAUGAUCACGGAUACAUUAGUGACCUCUCGUCGGUCUCAAGCGCGGAUUCUGACAAUGGUGGAUAUGAAUCGUCAGACUUUGAGAGCGAUGUCUCUGAAGACGAAGAUGCAGGCGACAAACCCGGCAUCGCAGCGUCGUCUUCAAACACCGUACAAGUGACCCAGCCGGCCUUUGGCGACGCUGUAGCCGAAGACCUUCACGCCGACGACGCGACUACGGAGGAGCUAGAUGANGACCACUUAUCCUCUUACAAGCUAGGCAAAGUCUACGCUUCCUCGGGGCUCCGUCGCUGGAAUGAAGGGGGCAAACGCUACGAGAUAGACUGGGCUCUGCUGGAGCUUGAUCCUCCUCGGCUUCAACCCUAUAACUUGAUCCAAGGCGGUCGUAGGCAUUGCAAGUCACCAGUAUCCUUCGUACCUGAGCUCAAAACUCCGGUCUGCAGGCGCGACAGUCUCUAUACAGCAGAAGAAGACUGGUAUCCAACUGAAAUCAUCCCCGCCUCGAAUCUUGCGAACCUGGAAGUGCACUGUUUAGGCCGGACAUCAGGCCUCAAGACUGGCAUUAUCAGCGCAGCCCAGUCUUUUGUGAAGAUCAAAGGACGCAGAAAUUUCUCGCUCAGCUGGACGGUAGUUGGAGAUUUCGGUGUCGGUGGAGAUUCGGGUGCGUGGAUAGUUUCCAACACCACUGGUCAAGUCGCUGGCCAUGUGCUCGCUGAACGUACAGGCUUGACAUAUAUCUGCGCCAUGCAUCUCUUGUUCGACGACAUACGACAGACGCUUAGGGCUUGUAGCAUCAGUCUUCCCGGCGCUACUGUAAUGAUUGAUGGAGUGCACCAGCUGGAUGCAAACGCUGAACAGGGGAUCGUGUAUACGACGUUACCGACAAGAGAAAAGAUAGGCUAUGCCGGAGCAGAUGAUGCUGACGGAAGAAGAAGGUUCUACGAGUCUUCCGCAUCACGGGCGAGGCAGACUAAAGUUGGCGAAAAGACAGCGGCUCGAUCAGCUCUUGGGAGCGAUACGGCCCCUAUCAGCAUGCGUACGGACCUCGACGAAUCACUUCGUAUCCCUAAACUCGAGUACAAGAGCGAUACUCGCUACAUACUCUGGUGGCAUGAGCGGACGGUCCACCAGCAGUCGACUGCUGCUUCCUCAGCCUACUGCUCACCCUUCAACGCGUCUUCAGAGAAUAGCUUUCCAGUCAGCGACUCGUUUACGCUACUCGUAGUCCGAUUCCAUCUCCUGCCCCAUCCGAUGGCAGGGUUUCUGGACCUGCCGCCCGAAAUCAGGCUGUUCAUUUACAACGAACUGCUCAUCGAUCCCAUCAGAAACAAAUCUCGCAUCGAGUACACCGUAGACACAAUGGGCAAUUCCCGCUGGGCUAGCGUCACAGGAUUUGCUUCAUUCACCAGAUCUUCGAUCAGUCACCUGCAUUACGAGGAUCUAUGGUCCCUUGCUAGAACCUGCAAAACGACCUACCUUGAAGGAACACCCAUAAUCUACAACAACGCACAUCUGGUAUGCAUCAUCAGCUACCCUCUGCGCACCAAUCCAACUUCGAUACUUCUCUCAAGGUUUCUGGCAAAUGUCUCGCCCACGACCUGCGCCCUAUACAAGCAUAUGAGAGUCAUCGAUAGCCAUGAAGAUCUGUCUGCCAAGGAGAUGAGAAUGAUUGUCGACUUGAUCAAUCUCAAACUGCGGAAUAUCGCCUUCUUGAGUAUUGAAGCUGUCAACCCUGCUUCCAGGGCCUGGUCUAAUUACAGUUCUCAUGAGGGCUAUAAAGACGCUUAUCAUGUCUUGGCCGCCGCCAGACCUUUAGCUCGCCUUCAUUCGCGUCCUGUUGUCUUGAUCAAACCACAAUUCUUUUUCGCCUCGAACACGAAUCAUUCAAAAGUCAUCCUCAAUUUGAGCCUUUGGCUCGCCUCAAGCGUGAUUUCUUAA